AUGGGUCUUUUCAACACAAAGCCAGCCUCCUCCGGCUCGGAAACCGUCCACGCCAAAUCCGAGGCGACGACGGUCGUUCCCAGCCAAAAUGUGUCCAACACCGACCUUGACAAGACCGCUCAACUAGAGUCUUCUGUGGCAGAAGAUCAGCCGUACAACAACUUGAACCACUCGGAACCACAGACAGAGCCGAUGGAGAAAAAGAUAGAGGUCGAAAACACAUUGUCGAGCAAAGACUCGUCCGAGCUUGAAGUCCAGAAUGAAGAAAGGCAUGCCGAUGGGAUGGUCCCUUCUCCAGAAGAUGAUGAGGCUGUCUAUCCAAGCGGUGUCAAACUAGCCCUCAUCACUCUCGCCCUUUGUCUGGCUGUCUUCCUCGUCGCCCUGGACAACACCAUCAUCGCCACGGCUAUUCCCAAAAUCACCGAUCAUUUCAAAUCUCUUGGAGACGUCGGUUGGUAUGGCUCGUCAUAUCUGCUGACCACUUGCGCUUUGCAAUUGUUUUUUGGAAAACUGUACACAUUUUUCUCCAUCAAGAACGUCUUCCUAAGCUCCAUCGUCGUCUUUGAGGUCGGCUCCGCCGUCUGUGGUGCUUCGCCCACUUCUGAUGCACUCAUUGUGGGUCGUGCCAUUGCAGGUGUCGGUUCUGCUGGUAUCUUUUCUGGGGCACUGGUCAUCAUCGCCUACACAGUGCCUCUGGUCAAACGACCGAUUUACACCGGCAUUAUUGGUGCCAUGUACGGCAUUGCUUCCAUUGCGGGCCCUUUGCUGGGAGGCGCCUUUACUGAUGGGCCUGGUUGGCGUUGGUGCUUCUAUAUUAAUCUUCCCCUCGGUGCCGUCACCCUGAUUGUCAUUUUCUUCUUUUUCCAAUCCCCAAAGAGAAGAGCCGAGAAGAAAGUGUCUUUCAAGGAGAGAGCUUACCAGUUGGAUCUGGGCGGGACCGCUCUUUUCAUCGUCGACAUCGUUGUCUGUCUUCUGGCUCUUCAAUGGGGCGGAUCCAAGUACCCAUGGUCCAACUGGCGUAUCAUUCUCUGCUUGACACUGUUUGGAGUCCUGACCAUCCUCUUUAUCAUUGUGCAAUACUUUAUGAAGGAAUUUGCCACCAUUCCUUUCAACAUCAUCUCCCAACGCAGCGUCGCUUCAGCAUCCUGGUUCGCUUUUGCGUUGGGCUCGGCAUUCUUCGUCCUCAUCUAUUGGGUCCCCAUCUGGUUCCAGGCUAUUAAAGGCGCCACGGCUUUUAAGUCUGGUAUCAUGUGCCUUCCCAUGGUUCUGGCAUUGGUCAUCGCAAAUGUGGUAAGUGGCAUCGGUACCACCGCCAUUGGAUAUUACACCCCGUUCUAUUAUGGGAGCGUCGUGCUCUCCGCCAUCGGUGCGGGCCUUCUUACCACUUUUGAGACGACCACCGGGCACGAAAAGUGGAUUGGAUAUCAAGUCAUCUACGGAUUUGGGGUUGGCUUUGGAAUGCAACAAGCCUUGAUCACCGUGCAGGCUGUUCUGCCACUCAAGGACGUCCCCACGGGCACGGCCUUGGUCAUGUUCAUGCAGACCUUUGGAGGAGCCUUGUUUGUGUCUGUGGCCCAGAACGUCUUCAACAAUCGGCUAAUUGACGAGAUCCCAAAUUACGCUCCAGGCAUUGAUCCCGCCAUUAUUCUCCAUGUCGGUGCUACUUCGCUGAAGGAUCAAGUGCCUGCCGCACUCUUAGCGGGUGUGCAGACGGCCUACAACAAAGCCCUCACGAAUACCUGGUAUAUCUCAGUGGCCAUGGCAUGCUUGUCCGGGAUUGGGGCGGUGUUUGUCGAGUGGAAGUCUGUCAAGGGCAUGAAGCCUGGUGCAGUUGCUGCCUAG